UAGCAUUUGACGUGGUCCAUCUAAUUCCAUUUAUUAUUCACACUCACUCACUCACUUUUUAUCUGCCGUAGGACAUGGGUUUAAUGCUUUCACCAACCAGCGCAGAGAGUAGGAACAAGUGGCCUUAGCAUAAUAGAGGGUGCCUGAAUCUGGUUUGGGAGAAACAAAAGAAUAUGGUCCUGGGAUUGUUAACGUUGGUGUGUUUGUGUUGCGGGUUGGUGUGGAGUGAGGGCAGUGAAGUGGUGUCGUGUGGGAACAUAGUGCGGUUGGGGCAACGCAGCGACAACAUUUCCAUAACGGAGUUCGGAGGCGUGGGCGAUGGGCGCACGCUCAACACCAAAGCCUUUAGAGAGGCCAUGUACAGAGUUCGCCACUUGCCACGGAACGGAGGCACGCUCCUUUAUAUCCCUCCGGGAGUCUACUUAACGGAACCCUUUAACCUCACCAGCCACCUCACGCUCUACCUCGCCGCCGGUGCCGUUAUCAAGGCCACGCAGGAUUCAUCGAAUUGGCCUUUGAUUGCACCCUUGCCAUCUUAUGGAAGAGGAAGGGAGCUUCCUGGAGGAAGGCAUAUGAGUUUUAUCCAUGGAGAUGGAGUUCAGGACGUGGUAAUCACAGGUGAAAAUGGGACAAUUGAUGGGCAAGGAGAUGUGUGGUGGAAUAUGUGGAGGCAGGGAAAUCUCAAGUUUACCCGACCAAACCUUGUUGAAUUUGUAAAUUCUAGAGAUAUUAUCAUUUCAAAUGUAAUCUUCAAGAAUUCUCCUUUCUGGAACAUUCACCCAGUUUACUGCAGCAAUGUUGUUGUUCGAUUUGUCACGAUUUUGGCUCCACGUGACUCUCCGAACACUGACGGCAUUGAUCCGGAUUCAAGUUCCAAUGUGUGCAUAGAGGAUUCAUACAUAUCCACCGGAGAUGAUCUUGUGGCUGUGAAGAGUGGAUGGGACGAAUACGGCAUUGCUUAUGGCCGUCCAAGCUCAGACAUCACCAUCCGGCGUGUGAGUGGAUCAUCUCCAUUUGCUGGCAUUGCCAUUGGCAGUGAAACCUCUGGUGGUGUGGAGAAUGUGCUAGCUGAACACAUCAACCUCUACAACACAGGAAUAGGCAUCCACAUCAAGACCAACAGUGGCAGGGGUGGUUACAUAAAGAACAUAACCAUGUCUCAUGUUUACAUAGAGGAUGCAAGGAAGGGAAUAAAGAUCUCAGGUGAUGUUGGGGACCACCCUGAUGACAAAUUUGACCCUCAUGCUCUCCCACUAGUCAAGGGUGUCACAGUUAAGAAUGUCUGGGGUGUGAAGGUUUUGCAGGCUGGAUUGAUACAAGGGUUGAGAAAUUCACCUUUCACUGACAUUUGCUUAUAUGAUAUCAACCUUCAUGGUGUGACAGGACCUAGAACUUCACCUUGGAAGUGUUCUGAUGUGUCUGGUUUUGCUCAUCAGGUUAGUCCUUCGCCAUGUUCUCAGCUUAGCAGCAGCAACCAGCAACAAGGAUCAUGUGCCAAUUACUCCUGAGGUUAUGGGAAUUAAUAUUUCCACUUUUCAGAAGCAUUCAGAGAGGGUACCAAGGGUAUGAAUUACUAUAACAUGCAAAAUGGAAUACUCGGUGGUUUCAAAAUCGAGUAGAAUUGACUUUGAUAGAAAUAAUUUUGAACGUUGAACUUAAUGGGAUGUGUGUCCAAAUUAAUCUCUGUCAUAGAUUUGAUAUUGAAAAGUGCGUGAGAAUGAAAAAAGUUAAUUUUGGGUUUAAACAAACAUGUCCUAAAUGCAUUCAUGCACAAUUAGCAUUAUGUUAUUGGACACUUGUAAACUAGCCACACUUGAAUUUCAUGAAGUCAUUGUUGAGGAUUUGAAUUUUAUUA